AUGUGAGCGGAGCAGCGGCUCUCUGCUGGAUGCAGUCGGUCAGAGCUGAAUCUCACCAUUUACUACUGGCAGCCGCUCACUGGACUUCACAGCUUGGAGAAGAAGAAGGUUAGGAGGACAUAAGAUUUUUUUUUUCUUCAAUAAAACUCUCCUGUUUCGCAUUAGAAUCAUAUCUUGGGAUCUGCGAGGAGAAGAAGAGAAGGAAUUUCAUUCUUUAGAGGAAACCAGCAGGGAGAUGAUUUGAAUCAAAGGAGGAACAGAACUGCUGUCCUCUAACAGGAUGAACCUCCAACUGCUUCAUGCCACUUUGUUACUGUGGGCUCUGUGCCCCAGUCUGCAGAACCAAUGUGAUAAAUCCUCAGAGAUAAGCAAACUGAAUCUCUCUGUGACCUAUGAGCUCCCAACAUUCACUUCAGAUUUCCCCAUCCAAAACAUGGUCAUUCUGGAUGACAUCAUCUAUGUCGGAGCAGUGAACAGAAUCUAUGCAUUGGCCCCAAACCUCACAAAGCUGUCUGAGUACAACACAGGACCACUGCUCCCCAGCGAAGCCUGCGGUCUGACCCAGACAAGGAAGGACAGCACUCACAGGGUUGACAACCACAAUGUUGCUUUGGUGGUAGAGGACCUUUACGAUAAGGGAUUGUUCAGCUGUGGUUCAGCUGAUAAUGGGGUUUGCCGACGUCACGUUCUGGAUGAAGGCUAUAGCCUGAAAGCUGUCGAUGAGGAUGUCUACUGCUUUGCGGACAAGGUAAAGCCAGGCGAGGGUCAACCUUUUGAUCCGGAUGUUGUUGUCAGUCAAUCAGGGUCGCAAGUGCUCAAUGUGGAGAGCAAUGUCAGUGAGUUUUUUGUUGGAAACUCUGAGAUUCCAAUCGUAGGAAAUAGUUCCUACAAUGCUACUCGUCCACACACCCUCUCACAGCGGAAGAUGAAAACGAGCCAAAACGGAUUCACUUUUUUUUCUAGUCUUUCAUACAUGGAUCUGAUCCCAUCUCUCCAAGGUAAUUACUACCUGCGGUACGUUUACACCUUCAAAAGUGGACCCUUCACCUACUUCCUCACAGUGCAGCAGGUGAACAAAGACACCAAGGCCUACCACACCCGUUUAGUCCGCAUGUGUUCCUCAGAUCGCCAGAUACGCCGCUAUGUGGAAAUGCCCCUUGAAUGCAUUAGCACAGACAAAAGGCGCAGACGUUCCACCGAAGAUGUGAAGGUGUUUAACAUCCUUCAGGCUGCCAACGUCACCAAGGUGGGCAACGAUGCAGAAUUGCUGAAGCAGUUGAAGGUGGAGGAAGGUGAAGAUGUUCUGUUUGCCGCGUUCGCUCAAGGGAAGCCACACUCUCUGGAGCCAACCCCUAACUCGGCUGUUUGUGCCAUGUCAUUGAAACACAUCAACAACAUGUUCAAGAUGUACAUGCAGAAGUGCAACACAAUCAACCCAUACCACUUCACUGGCUCGGAUGAGAAGUCCUGCUACAAUGUGACUUCCUCAGAUGACUGCGACCCCCACGAAGGAAUCCAUGAGGGGAAAGAGGGCAAGUACCGCCUGCAGGUGACCCAGUUUGUCCAGAGGUUGGAGUACUGGCAUAAAGACCUGAAAAACACCUUGGUCACUUCAAUUACAGUAGUUCUAGUCAAUGGUCGCACUGUAGCAUAUCUUGGGACAGCAGAUGGACGACACAUACAGGUGUUGUUCUCCAGAUAUGCCUCUCCCCAUGUAAACAUCGCCCUCGACUCCAAUCCUGUCACUGCCAGUGUGGUGCUGCCAAGGACCCCCCAGUCAGAGGGGGCAGUGCUGAUGGCCACAGGGAACAAGAUCACCAAGAUCCCUCUGAUUGGCCCAGGCUGUGGUCAGCUGACUACCUGUACGUCCUGCCUGCUGUCAUCCAGAGUGACCCAAUGCGGCUGGUGUGAUGGCCGCUGCACCAGAAGGAACCAGUGCUCAUCCUCCUGGGUUCAGGAUAACUGCACGCCAGUCAUUACUAAGGUGUUCCCAUCAUCAGGACCAAUCAGAGGCUCGACAACAGUAACGAUUUGUGGACACAACUUUGGCUUCGAUAAGACAGAGAACUUUAAAACCUCGAUGGUGAACGUGGAGGUGGCUGGAGCCACCUGUAAGCUGGCUCGACAGGACCGUAUCAACAGAUGGACUGAGAUCCAGUGUUCCCCAGUGUUCAGUGGGAACUUUACGCCAUCCGGACAUUUAGUGAAGGUUACCAGUGGCCACAAGGUAUCCAAACUGGAAGGCUUCAAGUUUGUGGACCCAAUGAUCAACGACAUCUUUCCCACAUUUGGUCCAAAGUCUGGAAACACCAUGUUGACCAUCAGAGGAGCCUUUCUGGACACUGGGAACAAACAAGUGGUGACCAUAGGGAAGGCAAGCUGUAAGAUCCAGAGCCUGUCGUCAACCAUGCUGACCUGUAGGACGCCGCCACAAGUCGUUCCCUCAGAGCAGCCGGUGAAGCUGACGGUGGAUUCAGUGGAACGUCAUGCUCCCGUCCCGUUCACCUACAACAAAGACCCAAUCAUCAGCAGCAUUGAGCCAUUACGCUCCUUCGUGAGUGGAGGCUGCACGGUGUCGGCUCAUGGCUCCAACCUCCAAUCCGGCCUCCAACCACAGAUGGUUCUCACCACCAGUCAGGAUGCUACAGUCUUCCCUGUGGGCUGUGUGUAUGGAGAAAACCGGACAUCCAUCCAGUGUACCACGCCUUCCCUAGCUAAGCUUGGCCUUCAGCCUCCAGUGGUCACCAAGGUGGCGUUUGUCUUGGACGGCUACCUAACAGAUCAGAAAGAUCUGAUCUACGUGGAGGACCCGCUGUUCCAGGACCCUAAACUCACAUCUAAGGACAACAAGAGCAUUGUGGAACUCAAGGGGGAUCGAAUGGACAUGGAGGCGAUGAAAUGUAAGGUCCUGACCGUCUCCAACCACAGCUGUGAAAGUCUGACCAUGGUAGGAAACACCCUGGAGUGCACCGUUCCCACCGAGCUGCAGGCCGCCACAGCCAAGGAGCUCCAGGUGGAGUGGCGCCAAGCGACAGGCAUCAGGAAUCUGGGCAAGGUGACGAUCGCGCAGGAACAGGACUACACAAGCCUCAUCGUCGGCUGCGUUUGUGUCAGCCUUGUGCUUCUACUUCUGUUGUCGCUGCUGAUGUGGAGGAGGAACAAACACAUUGAUGAUCUUUCUGAGGUGUGGUAUGAUGGCCGGGGUCAUAUCCAGCAUCUGGACAGGCUGGCUAACGCGAGGAGCGUCAGCCCCACUAACGAACUCGUGUCCCACGAAUCAGUCGACUAUAGGACAACCCUGUUGGAGGAUCAGGGUGUCGACAGGCCCGAGACAUGUCGGGCCGCUCCUCCCGUCUACAGAGCCAAUGGGGAGCUGCUGUCUCCCAGACUGCGAACACCAGGGAGUGGGAUUGGCCUGGGCAUGGAAGGGGACUUGGUAUCACCCCUCUUGAUGGCUCCUGUCCACAUCGACCCAUCCUGUCUUCACCCAGACCUGCUGACUGAGGUGCAGCAUGUGGUGAUCGCAAAGGAGCAACUGCUGCUUCACGUCAACCAGGUCAUCGGCAGAGGCCACUUUGGCUGUGUUUUCCACGGAACGUUGCUGGAGUCAGAUGGGCAGAAACAACACUGUGCAGUCAAGUCCCUGAACCGAAUUACAGACUUGGAGGAGGUUUCCCAGUUUCUGAAGGAGGGUAUCAUCAUGAAAGACUUCAGCCACCCCAAUGUUCUCUCUCUGCUGGGCAUCUGCCUUCCACCUGAGGGCUCGCCAUUGGUGGUCCUGCCCUACAUGAAACAUGGCGACCUUCGCAACUUCAUCCGCGAUGAAGGACAUAACCCAACAGUGAAGGACCUGAUGGGCUUUGGGCUACAGGUGGCCAUGGGGAUGGAAUAUCUUGCCAGUAAGAAGUUUGUCCACCGAGACCUGGCUGCCAGAAACUGCAUGUUGGAUGAGAGCUACACAGUAAAGGUGGCAGACUUUGGUCUCGCUAGAGAUGUUUACGACAAAGAGUAUUACAGCGUCCACAACAAGAGCGGAGUCAAGCUGCCUGUUAAGUGGAUGGCUCUUGAAAGUCUCCAAACCCACAAGUUCACCACCAAGUCAGACGUGUGGUCUUUUGGAGUUUUGCUCUGGGAACUAAUGACACGUGGAGCCCCACCAUACUCUGAUGUGAACUCCUUUGACAUCACGGUCUUCCUCCUGCAGGGGAGGAGACUGCUGCAGCCGGAGUUCUGCCCUGAUGCUCUCUACACGGUGAUGAUCGAAUGCUGGCAUCCAAAGCCCGAACGCCGACCCUCCUUCUCAGAGCUGGUUUCCCGCAUCUCCGCCAUCUUCUCCAGCUUCAGCGGGGAGCACUAUGUCCUCCUCAACACCACCUACGUCAACAUUGAGAAGAUGACCCCCUACCCUUCGCUUCUCAGCUCCACGUCAUCUUCUUCGGGUUCCUCCUCUGAGCCCUCCACCUCCACGUCCCUGCCCUCCCACACGCCGCUCCUCUGUCGCGUGGAGCGUGACUGUUGCACCUGA